CAGUUCUUCUGCUGUCCUGUUCUCUACAUUUAGUUAUAAGUGUUCUGUUUGUUUUUAGUUUGUGUACGUGAGACUAUCGAUGUUCAGAGAGCUAAACAUCUGGAUGCGUUGAUGUCUGGAUGGAAGGGCAACCAACAGCACCGUGAACACGCCGUGGAGAGGACGUGGCGUUACGCGUCGGGGUUUCUGCAACUUUGUCUAACAGGUGAAGCUGAAGAGUUGAACAAAGCUUCAGUAAGGAUGGUUCAGACAUGUGUGUUCUCUGGUUUUCGGAGUGCGUUGGGCGGCUGAUGGAAUAAACGAAACACAUAGGCGACUUUGGUCUGUUCUCUGGAUCAAGAUAACAGAAUCCUGCUGCUCAUUUAUUUUAUUUGUUGGAAUCUGGACUUUGGGGAUGGUAGGGGUGCGAUUUCAUCUCUCAGUAACAUAACUGCAUUUGUUACAUGAGUCUAUCGGAAAAAGAUCAGCGGAGACUUACGUUUAUGCAAGAAUCAUCUAUCAGAACUUCAAGAGAUGAAGGAAAAAUGCAAGAACGCGGCGAAGACGCGGAGAGAGAAGGAGAACGGAGAGUUUUAUGAGCUGGCCAAGCUGCUGCCUCUGCCGGCGGCCAUCACCUCCCAGCUGGACAAGGCCUCCAUCAUCCGGCUGACCAGCAGCUACCUCAAGAUGAGGGCAGUCUUCCCCGACGGUCUUGGUGAUGGAUGGGGUCAGUCAACAAGGUUCAGUCCUCUGGAUAGCAUGGCUAAAGAACUGGGUUCCCACCUUUUACAAACUCUGGAUGGUUUCGUGUUUGUUGUUGCCUCUGAUGGAAAAAUCAUGUACAUCUCUGAAACAGCAUCAGUCCACCUUGGCCUGUCCCAGGUGGAGCUAACAGGAAACAGUAUAUUUGAGUACAUUCACCCAUCAGACCACGAUGAGAUGACAGCAGUGCUGGGUCUUUGCCAGCCUCCGCACCAUCACUUCUCUCCAGAGUAUGAAAUAGAACGCUCCUUCUUCUUGAGGAUGAAGUGUGUUCUUGCUAAAAGAAAUGCAGGACUUACAUGUGGAGGAUAUAAGGUCAUCCACUGCAGCGGCUACCUGAAAGUGCGUCAGUACAUGAUGGACAUGCCGCUGUAUGAAUCCUGUUAUCAGACUGUGGGUCUGGUGGCAGUCGGUCACUCCCUGCCCCCCAGUGGUAUCACUGAGAUAAAACUCCACAGCAACAUGUUCAUGUUCCGGGCCAGCCUGGACUUUAAACUAAUUUUCUUGGACACAAGGGUGGCAGAGCUGACAGGCUAUGAGCCUCAGGACCUGAUAGAGAAGACUCUCUACCACCACGUCCACGCCUGUGAUGUUUUCCAUCUACGCUAUGCUCAUCAUUUAUUACUGGUGAAGGGGCAGGUCACCACUAAGUACUACCGCAUGUUAUCAAAGCAUGGAGGUUGGGUGUGGGUGCAGAGCUAUGCCACCAUCGUCCACAACAGCCGUUCCUCCAGACCUCACUGUAUUGUCAGCGUGAACUACGUCCUCACUGACAUCGAGUGCAAGGAGCUGCAAUUAUCUGAGGACCAGAGUCGAGCCACUAAGCCUGGUCUUAGCCUUACUUCCUCUCAGGACCACCACAAACAACUCAGAAACAAAGCUGUCAAGAUGAAAACCAAACUCAGAGCCGCUCCCUAUCCUGAGGUGGGACUUCCAGUUGGCUUACUGAUGAGUAAACAGAAGCAGGCCACUCGCCUCUUCCAGCCAGACCAUUUGAGCUGCUCCCCACAGAAGGGGCUAUGGAAGGAGAGGUCCCCGUACCCAGUGACCCCCUGCAGGGAGAAGAACUCCAGCUUGAGCCCUGAAGCAGGUCAGGCGUCCUGCAGCCCCACUUACAAUCUGACCCUCCACUACCCCUACAAACACCAGCAUCUGGAUGCUCAGACUCACCUGCCAAGCUCAGGUCCCUCUUCUCAGCUGGCUCAACAGAUCAUCGGUUCCCUGCAAAGCAGAGGGUCUGUUGGAUGGAACAUCAGCAGCCCCCCAGUACCCAAGAAAUACACAGGCCCCAUGCUGACAGCUGACCGUAGGUACCCCGAUAAGAUCUCCCAUCACUGUUCCAGCAGCACAAACCAUUCUACUGGCAGGCUGAAGGAAGAACCCUACGAACCUUACACGCUUGUACACAGCGUGCCUGAGGUGUGUCCACAUCCCCAUGCUCAUGCCACCAAGGACAGUGAACCUUUAAGCCAGGAUGUCCAGCGUAAUACAAAAGGUGCUGAGAGACUUCAGGGUGAUCGGGCCCAGGCCUGCCCUUUGCUCAGUGGCCUUGUUCUAGGAAAAGGUGAGCAGGGUGACCUGCUGCACAGCAUGGGCCAGCCUCUCCCUGUGCAAAUGGCCCUAGGGCAGAGGAGGAGGCUGUGUAUGAUGGAGGCUCCCUACAGCCACCCCGCUGUAGAAUAUCCACAGCCUUCUGAUGGCCACCAGCAGCGUGAAGCUGCCACGGAGGUGCAGCCCAGGUCUGCUGAGGACAGGAGAAUGUUGACAGGUAUGGGGGUCGGGGUGGGACUUCCAGCCCAAGCUCAACACAUGUCUUUGAACUUUCAUGAAGUUUUGAGCAAACACAAUUCCAUUAAAGCCCACCCUUUUACCGCACUGAGCCAUCUUACCGACGGCUACAGUUACCAUGGUAAAGAGACAGUCUCUUACAGCUGCAACAGCCCCAGCUCCAGCUCGUCCCCUGACAGCCAAAGAGAGAUCCCACAUUACAUUGGCACAUCCGUCAUUAUCACAAAUGAGAGGUGA